AUGGGAGAAAAUUCUAAUUAUUUGCAUUCAACAUCUCAAUCAGAGAUGAGAAUCUUACCUUUGUUUUCUUAUUUAAAUUCAGGACAUACACGUCCAGUAGUACAUCUUUCAUUUUCACGUUUACUUGAAAAUAAUCAGUAUUAUUUGAUUUCUUCAUGCAAAGAUGGAAAUCCUAUGCUUCGUGAUGGUAUUACUGGAGAUUGGAUUGGUACAUUUUUGGGUCAUAAGGGUGCUACAUGGUCAUCACGAUUUAAUAAAGAUGCAGAUAAGGCAGUGACAGGUUCUGCUGAUUUUUCAGCAAAAGUAUGGGAUACAUAUACUGGAAAUGUAAUUCAAUCUUUUUCUCAUGAACAUAUUGUGCGAUCUGUAGAUUUUUCUGGGGAUUCUAGGGAAAUUGUAACAGGUGGUAAUGAGAAAAGAGUUCGUGUAUUUUCUUUAAAUGCACCUUUAACACCUGUCUUUGAUUUAUCCGGCCAUAAAGGCACAAUUAAAAGUGUAAUUUGGGCAGAUAAUUUUAUUAUAUCUUCUGGAGAUGAUGAGAAAGUGCGAUGGUGGGAUCUUCGAAUAUCAAAAGAAGUAGAUACUUUUGAUGCAGGAGAAUUUGUAACGAAUUCAGAGAAAAGUCUUGGAGGAGAGUAUCUUUUAGUUGUAGCAGGAAAAAAGAUUUAUUUUAUUGACUCUAAAACUCAUCAAACUGUAAAAACAAUUGUUACUGAAUACGAUGUCUCGAGCGUAUCUCUUCAUCCUCAAAAAACUACAUUUGUUACAGGUGGAAGUUCACAACUUUGGGUCAGAGUUUAUGAUUUUGAAACAGAAAAAGAAUUAAAAGUUUAUAAAGGACAUCAUGGGCCUAUACACUGUGUUAGUUUUAGUCCAGAUGGUGGAUUAUAUGCCACAGGUUCUGAAGAUGGUACAAUAAGAUUAUGGAAGUCACAGCCAGGUCCUUAUGGUUUAUGGCAAUGUGUUUGA